AGACUAAAUGUCAGUUGAUGUCAGAGAUUCUGAUGCUGAAUGAAUUUAAAAUGUUUGUUUUUGAAAAAUCGACAUAAUUUAAACUUAUUGUAAUUUAACAAGUAUAUUAUAAAUACAUUACGAUAUAUAAACAAGUUUAAAUAUAAUUGUGGGCUAUUCGAAAAUUAAAUUACGUUUUUAAGGUUAUAAAAAGUGUAAGAAACUUUUACUACAAUGGCUACUUCGAAAACUACUAAUACGUACAACCGACAAAAUUGGGAAGAUGCUGAAUUUCCAAUUCUUUGUCAAACUUGCUUAGGGGAUAAUCCUUAUGUUCGAAUGACAAAAGAAAGAUAUGGUAAAGAGUGUAAAAUAUGCUCUCGACCAUUUACAGUGUUUCGAUGGUGCCCUGGUGCGAGAAUGCGUUUUAAAAAGACAGAAGUUUGCCAGACUUGUAGCAGACUUAAAAAUGUGUGUCAGACUUGCUUAUUAGAUUUGCAGUAUGGCUUGCCAAUUCAAGUUCGUGAUGCAGCACUUAAAGUUGAGGAUGAUUUACCAAGAAGUGAUGUUAAUAAAGAAUAUUACAUUCAGAAUAUGGAUAGUGAGAUGGCCAAAGGUGACAAAAUUCACCCUUCAGGGGCAGUUGGAAAAGUUGAAGGCUCUAAGAGUGAACUAUUGAUGAAAUUAGCAAGAACUGCGCCUUAUUAUAAAAGAAAUAGACCACAUAUUUGUUCAUUCUGGGUUAAAGGUGAAUGUAGAAGAGGUGAAGAAUGUCCAUAUCGUCAUGAGAAACCAACAGAUCCUGAUGAUCCAUUAGCUGACCAAAACAUAAAAGACAGAUAUUAUGGUGUGAAUGAUCCAGUAGCCGAAAAAUUAAUGAAAAGAGCUGCCAGUAUGCCUCAGCUAGAAAGUCCAUCAGACAAAUCUAUAACUACACUUUAUGUAGGCAACCUUGGUGAUAAAGUUUUGGAAGCUGAUCUCAGGGAUCAUUUUUACCAAUAUGGAGAAAUUCGUUCAAUAUCCGUUGUAGCAAAUCAUCAGUGUGCUUUUAUUCAAUAUACAACAAGAACUGCAGCUGAAAUGGCAGUUGAAAAAACAUUCAAUAAAUUGAUUAUCAAUGGUCGCAGAUUGAAUAUUAAAUGGGGAAAAUCACAGGCUAGUAGAUCUAAGGAUGCAUCUGAAAUUAUCACAACGCCUGUUCCAGGAUUACCUGGUGCCUUACCAUUGCCACCACCAGAACUUGAUACAAACUACUUUAAUUUGGAUCAAACUCCUUUCAAACCCCAUCUUAUGGGUCACAUGAUGCCACCGAGACCUCCAAUGCCACCUAAUUUUAUGCAUAUGCUCAGACCUCCAAUGUUUCCACCCUUCAAUCCAGAAAUGAAUUAUUCUAUGCCACCAAAUAUGCCACCAGCUCAAGCUGUCGCCAGCACAUCUACUGCUGAACAGCACCCUAACAUGCCUGUGCAUUAUCCAAGUCAGGAUCCCAACAGAAUGGGAGCGAUACAGAAGAAUGAAAUGUAG